AUGAAGAGGACUAGCAUGUCUCGUCCUGUAUGGAGCUCAGUUCAGAUGUCCUGUUCACUCUGGCUCCUCCUUCUGUCCUCUUCUAUCAGGUUUAAUCCAGCUGUGUCUGAAUUAGUAUUUUCAGUGCUAGCUGAAGAUAGAGUUGGGAUUGUAAAUAGCUCUCUGAUGCUGCACUGCACAGUGUUUGACUCUGGCCUGAAGCCUCCUCUACCAGUGAAAUGGGAGCGAGACGCUGGAGGUCUGGACAGCAGGAUUCAUCAGUUGGCCAAUGGCUCACUUUUCUUUCCCCACUUAAAAGAGGAAGACUUUGGAAACUAUUCCUGUAAUGCAAAAAGAGGCAACAAACAGAUUCAGACCACUGUCAUGGUCAGCAAAGCAUGCCUGAAGAAUGUGUUCUUUCACCCUCAGUCCAUGAGAACUGAAGAGGGACAGGAUGUUUUUCUUCAGUGUGUCUCUGGUGAUAGUUCUCCUCCUGCUCAGAUUUCAUGGUUAAAAAAUGGCAGAAUUCUCACCAAAGGGAACCAGAUUCAGGGACAGUAUGGAGGAGGGAGUCAAAGGAAGACUUCUGGCACUUUGCACAUGGCUAACAUCACCAACGCAGACCAAGGAGUCUAUAUUUGCAUCACCCACAAUCCUCUGCUGAAUAUAAGCAAAGGAAGUCAAGCAGCAACUCUGACAGUGCAUGGUUCCUAUGUAGACGUAAAGAUUAUUGAAGGCCCCCAAAAUGUCACUGUACCUGUUGAAAUGGAAACUGCACUGCACUGCUUUGUUGAAGGCUUCCCCAUUCCCACAGUUCAGUGGUUUAAGGAUGGACAUUCAUUACCCAGUUCUUCUAGAUGGGAUCUGCAGAAGGAUGGGCAACUGCUGAUUUUUCAGAGAGUUUUGUCAGAAGAUGAGGGCUUGUAUCUCUGUGAAGCUCGCAAUGAGAGGCAGAAAGUGAUAUCUGAACCAGCCUACCUCCUUCCAUCAGUUAUGGAUUGGAGUUUUGUUCUUGAACCUGCCAACCUAACAGUGAGGAAGGGUGAAACUGCGACUCUUUCCUGUAGGCCUCCUCACAGCAGACCCCAAGCACAAGUGUCCUGGUUUAAGAACAACAGACUCCUCCAGACAGGACUGCAUUAUGCUUUUGAUUAUAAUGGAGACCUAGUCUUCCACAGGUUAAGAAACACAACACUCUACAUUUCAUCAGUGAGAACGUAUGAUGAAGGACAUUACACAUGCACAGCCUCCAACACACUGGGUCACGAUCAGAAAACCAUGACUCUUCAGGUUGCAGUGAAGCCAGUCAUUGUUUCCUUCGUUGCAUCGCUCACUGUCUCAGAGGGAUCACCUGUUAGUCUACCUUGUCGAGCUGUUGGAGAUUUUCCUGUCAAGUACACUUGGAUUAGAACUGCAUCGAUACAAAAUUCACCAGAACUGUCCGGUUCAAACUCUCCGGUCUCACUCCCACAACAGAUACACAUUGAUGAUAAUGGGACAUUAGUAAUCUCCAACAUCCAACGGUCUGAUGCAGGAGAGUAUCACUGCACUGCAGAAAACAGAGUCGGUCAGGAUGUGAGAAGUGUCAUCAUAACUGUAACUGCUUACUCUGAUGUCCCACCUGAUAAGGAAGCACUGAGUAAAACGAUUAUGCCCACUGUUCCAGAGAGUGAGCAAGAGCUAUUUAUUAAUUCCUUUCCUUAUGGUUCAAAGCUUCUGAGUAAUACAGAGACAAAUGAAUCCCUUCAACAAACAACUGAAGAUUACACAAAGAUAUCCCUGUUUUAUGCUUUUGUGGAGGACUCACCAACAUACCUGAAUCUUGAAUCUACCCAAGACACUACAGAGUUCAUUUCACUUAAGCCAAGUGGCAUUAGCGUAGGAAUUAAUGAGAAAAACAAACAACCCAUUCAAACACAAAAACCAACCCCUGUGCCUGUCAAACCUACACCAUUUCCCCCACUCAAAGAGACUUUUUUACAGGAUGCACGUCAACAUUUCCAAAUAACAGAGCAGGUCACAAAACCUCCAGUAAUGAAUCCAAACACAAACACGCCUUUCCCAGCAGACUUAUAUUCCCAUACCCAUCUUAAAAAAAUUCAGAGCGUUUCCCUGAAUAGUGCCCAGUCCUUUAGUGGACAGACUCAGACUACAGGCUUAACUUUAGUGGAUGUAGAGGAUCUCACUGCCUCGGCUCCCGUGGGAGAGCAUCAAAAUCAGAGUCAAAUCAUCAAGCAGUCUGGAAGUACCAAGUCAUCAGUGAGGAAUGACACAGACUCACUCAAGAAAAACACCUCACAGGCCCCUAUGAGGACCACUGACAAUAAUAACAGAGAAAAGGAGAAAUCCCAAACUUGGUUGCCUGUGAUUGAGAAGCAUGAUAUUCCUAUUGUAGCUGGAGUUGGUGUUUCGUUGGCAUUCAUCUUCAUUGCCAUGGCCUUUUACUCUCUGGUUCAGAAAAAGGACCCUGCAGCUCUACCUACAGGGAGGGCAGCUCUGAGGGGAAUAUGUGGGCCUUGUAGGCAUGGAGAAUGUCUUGCAAUGGAAAGGACAUAUGAUAACAAGGCAUUUGAAGAUGAUAAUUUGAUGGCUGUUAUUGAGCAAAGCCCCAACACAUCGGAGACAAGAGCGCUCCCAACAGAAGGCAGCCCAUCCAUCUUUAUGAUAGAGCCACCGUCUGAUGAUUUGCAAGACUGUGUCCAGUCCACCCAGGGCCUGCCAGUUAUUGUGGAGACUCACCCAGAGCCUAGAGAAGAGGACCAGUUGGAGACUAUAUUUGAGGAGGGGAAGGUCACUCUCUCACCACAUUCUGACAUUCAGCUGCAGUGCAUGGAGGACGCCCCAUCACCUCCUCCAGCCAAUCCAGCACCUGCCCAGGAGGAGGGCCUGCAUUCUUCCCUGACCCUCCAGACCAGCGAUCCCUCCUCAACUCCUGUGCGCCACAGCAUCAAUAUCUCCCACGGUUUCUCUCCCCUCCUGCUGUCCCAUUGUGUGUCCCUGGGCAUGACCUCUGUGGCUGUGGAUGUGCACUUCUACCCUUCAAGCCCCUCGGCAGCCAGUCAUCCUCCAUGCCCUGCCUUUGGACCUCCAGGCCAGCAGGUGAACACCAGGCUGGAGCACGAACUGACUGCACCCUCUGCUAGCCACAGUAAAUAACAAGAGAGUGUGACAAAAGUUGAAGUCAUGAGAAAGCUCGUUGUUAAAUCGCUCACUUCAUAGGGCUA